AUUUAAUAUUAAAAUAAAUAAAUCUCCAAAAGCUUAAGAACCUUUUUACUUAUCUUUAUUUCUUCUUCUUCUCCAUUUUCUAUUCACAAUCUCUGAAACUCAUACAAUAUUUUCAAAGCUCUUAACCCAAAACCCUAAGUUUUUUUUUUGGUUAUAUUAUUAAUGUUUUAAGCUAUGAUGGAUAUGACUCCUACAAUAACAACAACAACAACUACUCCUAAAUCACCCGAACCCGAAUCCGAAACUCCGACCCGGAUCCAACCGGCGAAACCCAUUUCCUUUAGCAACGGCAUCAUCAAACGCCACCACCACCAUCCUCUCCUCUUUACUUACAAAGAAUGUCUCAAAAACCACGCGGCGGCGUUAGGUGGUCAUGCUCUCGACGGUUGCGGCGAAUUCAUGCCGUCUCCGUCGUCAAUCUCCUCCGAUCCAACUUCUCUCAAAUGUGCUGCUUGUGGCUGUCACCGUAAUUUCCACCGCCGUGAUCCAGACAACAACAACGACUCAUCCCCAAUCCAUCCUCCUCCUUCUACCGCCGUAGAGUAUCAACCUCACCACCGUCAUCAUCCACCACCACCACUACCUCCACCACCGCCACGUAGUCCUAACUCAGCUUCUCCUCCACCAAUCUCUUCCUCUUACAUGCUCUUAUCUCUCUCCGGAACUAAUAACAACAACAACAACUUAGCUUCUUUCUCCGAUCUCAAUUUCCCCGGCGGAAACAACCACCACCACCACCAACAUACUCUUCACGGAUCUCGUAAAAGAUUCCGAACAAAGUUCAGUCAGUUUCAGAAAGAAAAGAUGCAUGAAUUCGCCGAACGACUUGGUUGGAAGAUGCAGAAACGUGACGAAGACGAUGUUCGUGAUUUUUGCCGGCAGAUCGGAGUUGAUAAAAGUGUUCUCAAAGUUUGGAUGCAUAACAACAAAAACACCUUUAACCGCCGUGAUCUCGCCGGAAACGAGAUCCGGAAGAUCGAUAACGGCGGAGGAAACCACACUCCGAUUCUAACCGGCGAGAUUAACAACAAUAACAAUGGACACCACGGCGGCGGAGGAGGAGAGCUUCACCACAGUGUUAGUAGCGGCGGUGGCGGAGGAUUUGAUAGUGAUAGCGGCGGCGCUAACGGCGGUAACGUUAACGGAUCGUCGUCGUCGUGAAGUUAAAGAUGAGAGUAUCAGAUUAAUAAGAAGCUUAAGAGUAAGCUUAUUCGUAUUAUCAUCGUUAAUAACUUUUUAUUAAUAUUAAUUAAAAUCUUUAGUUAUGUUUGUUUGUUUUUGCAUUAUUAUUUUAGUUUAAUUUUCAGCUUUAAUUAAAUGUUCUUUACCACGUCGGUGUCUCGCUCAAUGAGGAACAAUAAUACUAUAACAUUUCCAAAUUA